AAAACGUCGUUGACAUCGUUGUCGUACUGUAUUUGACUAUUUGUGUAUGUUUUAUUUUUCACAAAAAAGAUUUGUUUCUUUAGGUGAAUAUUUAAGUAGAAUGGGUCGUAGAAAUCGAAAUGUCAAUAAAUUCGCUCAGCGUAAACGAGAUCGUAAAGAGCAGGAAAAGAAUCCUGAAAAAAAGAAGGAAGGCGAUGUAAGAAGACACUACGAAGAUAUAGUACGUGAAAAUGCUUCUUUUGAAGAAUAUUAUAAGAAACAAAAAGUAUGUCCUGAAGACCAGUGGGAAGAAUUUAUGAAUUCACUCAAGUCAAACUUACCUACAGCAUUUAGGAUAACAGGGUCUAAGAGUGAAGCAGAUGCAUUAUCGAAUAUAGUUAGGAGUGAAUACUUUUCAGAGAUUCUCAAUAUGAAACUAAAAGUUGAGGGAAAAGAGGAGGAAGAAGAAAUUAAACCAAUUAAUUUGUCCUGGUAUCCAGGAGGUCUAGCUUGGCAGCUACGUCUAUCCCGUACCGACAUCCGUCGUAGUGAACCUCUGUACAAGUUACAUAACUUCCUUGUGGCAGAAACAGAAGCGGGCGGAGUUUCACGUCAAGAAACUGUCUCCAUGAUACCACCUGUUGUGUUGCAAGUUGAACCACAUCAUAAAGUACUAGACAUGUGCGCUGCUCCAGGUUCAAAAACAGCUCAGCUUAUAGAGUUUUUACAUGCAGAUGAAGAUAAAAUACCUUCUGGAUUCGUAAUCGCAAAUGACGUAGAUAACAGCCGUUGCUACAUGUUGGUUCACCAAGCAAAGAGAUUGAACUCGCCCUGUAUUGUGAUCACCAACCACGACUCAGCGGUCAUGCCUUCACUUGUCAUAGCCGACGAACUGAACCCUCAGUUAAGCAAACCGCUUAAGUUUGAUCGUAUAUUAUGCGACGUGCCAUGUUCUGGUGACGCCACGCUUAGGAAAAAUCCGGAUAUUUGGCUCAAAUGGUCAACAGGAAAUGGAAAUAAUUUACAUGGUGUGCAGUACCGUAUCCUCCGACGCGGUUGCGAGUUACUAGCGUUGGGCGGGCGACUUGUGUACUCCACGUGCUCCUUCAACCCAAUAGAGAAUGAAGCAGUGGUUCAUCGUCUCCUGCAGGAGUUCGGAGACUGCGUGCAUCUGGUAGAUGUAGCCGAUAUGCUGCCGGGCCUGAAGUUCCACAAGGGCAUGACAUACUGGCGCCCAGCUUCAAAGGAUAUGGUCUUCUAUGACAAGUAUGAAGACGUACCAGAGAACUGGCAGACGGUGGUCCGGCCACAGAUGUUCCCUCCCAAACCUGAGGACGUUGAGAAGUACCACUUGGAUAAAUGGUAA